UACUGAAAGCGUGCGCGUAGUACAUUUCCAAACUCGCUGUACUUUGGCUGCGUAUGCAUUUUACUCUAUUGAUUGUUGUUUUUAAUGACACAUGUCGUGGCAAUUUGUGUCUGAAAAGUAUGAUUUAAAUCGCUAGCGUGUAGGGAUAUUAAUUACGGAAGGUGUACAUCGUGACGCAUCGUGAACGGUGAUGCUGCGAUAAUUUGGUACUGAUAGUCGAAUUGCAUUGAAGCACUAACCACACUGCACCGCCAUGACCGUAACAAACCGGCGCUACCAUCGAACACAUCUUCCAGCAACGGUCCAUUUUCAGCAGACGGCCGGUACAUCUUCCCAAACGCUAGCAACGGUAGGUGGCAGCAGUAAUAGCCACAAUGCGGUCAACUGCCUGGAAAGUAAUGGCGAGGAUGAUGGCAGUGCGAUGUUUACACCUUUCCCGAAGCACGUACCGUACCCGAACGUGGAGCAAAGCUCCGAACUGAUGAACGAACUGUUCAUUUUCUGCUUCACGAUCCUCGCUAGUGCAACUCAGUUUUUACACCUGUAUCGAUCGGUUUGGUGGCUGCCAAAUUCCUACAACCGGCAAGCAGUGAACUUUUAUCUAAUCGACUGGGAUCUGGCAAUCUUUAUUGACAUAAUGGCUAGCCGGAGGCUACUGUACUGUUGCAUACUGAAGUUCAUCGAUGCUAACUGCCCCGAAGCGUACGUGGAAAUGAGCAAAAAAGCGGCCAAGUAUACCUUUCUGGCGUUUGUCGCAAUUUCGUUUAUCGCUUGCGGGACACAGAUUUACCAGAAAGCCAGCUACAUUCAUCUGUUCGUGUUAAGCUACCCGUUGGUACUGUAUUUAAUGAUAUUCGGGCUCAAUUUGGAACAAUUUCUGCGUACGAUCGUAGACACGGAACCGAACUGUAUUAACGGAAUGCCACUGCACAGCUGCUCGUCUAAUCCAAAUUCAAUACGAACGGAAAUCGAUGCACUGAAGACAGACUUUAACAGUCGGUGCAAACAGGUUAUCUUUACUUCGCUGCUGAACGCGUACUACGCCGGAUUUGUACCUUGCGUGCUGGCAUCGAAGCAUCUGUACUACAAUAACUUUUGGACGACGCAGCAUAUGGCCUGUGUCUUUGUUGGAGGGUUAACCAUGUGCGUCACGUACUGCUUUCCGAUGCGAUACUGCGAUGUGUUCCAUCGCGCUGCCCUACAUCUAGGCCAGUGGCAUCGGGUAAACAAUCGAUCGAAUAGUGCACCGGCGUACACCUGGUCAAAGACGAACAUUUAUCCGCACGGUACGUACGUGCGCCAUUUGGGUGAAGUGUACCGUUCAGUGGGCUACUGCACUUCGGCCAUUCCAGCAAACAGCAGCCAUUAUAGAUUUUACGCAAUUUUUAGCAACCAUGUCAUCAUAUACAUGUCGCUGUUUGUAGUACAGAUGCUACUGAUAGUGUUGCAGCUUGCCAUAUUUGCACUAACACCCGAGUGGCAGAACGUGUUGUCGGUUGGUUUUCUGUUGCUGACCAAUUUCUUCACACUGUUUCGGAUCGCACGCGAUUACUUCAUUGCUCGCCGGAUAUAUGCCAGCGAACAGCUGUUUCUGGGCAUGAAGUUGCAGUAGUAGCAACACCAUCUCAAUCCACACAGUAACGGACGGUUGAUGUCCGACGUUUGUAAUUUAUUGAACUAAGCUAUGUAACUCUCAAUACAUGAACUAGUGAUAAACAGUUGCAAUCUCUAA